GGGGCUUGGCGACGGGGGCGGGACGCAGCCGGUUCACGCGAGCGCCGGAGCGGCGUAGCUAAGGGUCGCCAUGGCGGAGGUGCAGCAGCUCCGGGUGCGGGAGGCGGUGGACGCCAUGGUGAAGAGUGUGGAGAGGGAGAACAUCCGGAAGAUGCAGGGCCUCAUGUUCCGGUGCAGUGCCAACUGCUGUGAGGACAACCAAGCAUCUAUGCAGCAGGUACACCAAUGCAUCGAGCGCUGCCAUGCCCCUCUGGCUCAGGCCCAGGCCUUGGUGACCAGCGAGCUGGAAAGGUUCCAGGACCGUCUGACCCGGUGCACCAUGCAUUGCAGUGACAAAGCCAAAGACUCAAUGGAUGCAGGCAAUAAGGAGCUGCAGGUGAAGCAGCAGCUGGACAGUUGUGUGGCCAAGUGUGUGGAUGACCACAUGCACCUCAUCCCAACGAUGACCAAGAAGAUGAAGGAGUCUCUCUCAUCCAUUGGAAAAUAAAAGUCUGCCAGUGACCACUGAGACUGAGGGCAGGAACUUAUUUAAAAAGAAGAAUGGGAAUUUAGUCUGUUAAGCAAAUUUAUGAGUGAGGAAACUCAGUGUGCAGCAAGUUCCAGGCACAUCCCACUUGCCUCUGGACGACAGUUCCUUUAUAUUUGGAUUCUAGAAAAUGAAGUGGAAACUGGUGCUAACAUUUGAGUCAAAGAUAGCACAGGGGAGUGUUUCGGAUCUUGAAUUUCAUGUGCAAGUGCUUGUCCUGGCAGUAGAGAUUGCCCUUGUACCAAGGUCCCAGAUUCUUCUUACUACAGGCUGCCAGGUUCCUUCAACCUCCCAAAGAUCUGGUACAGUUUGAGGAGAGGUGUGUCUGUUGCCAACCUUCUGUUUACCAAAAAGAUCACCACACUAGCUUGCAUAAGCUGUGAAACAUCCAAUAGACCAGUAAUUUAGGAGAAAAAAGGUUCCCUCUUCAGAUCGUCAUUUGGUUUUGUCUUGUAUGGAGGGACAUGAAGUGGAUUAAGAGUAUGGAAUUGGGAGAGGAGUUUGGAAAAUUUUGGAAGGUGUCUUGUAUUUUCUGACACCAUAAUGUGGGUGUCAUUUCCUCAAAUUCUUGCAGCACAUUUUUCAAUCUGGAAACCCUGCAGAAACACAGCAGUGUCAACACUAUGUGAAAAACGGCUUCCUUCAGUGGCUUUCUGCAGCAAAGGGACCUAACUGUCUUGCAUUGACACUGUCCCCCAGUAAAGAAAGGUUUGUCACACACAUAGCAGUAUCUGGGAUUAAACAGUAUAUUAGGAACUGCUAACUAACUGAAAAGUACUGGACUUAUGAAAACCUGGAUUUGAAGAGUAAAAGCCUGAACCCAGCAUUGCUCACUUAAUUUUACUGACUUGAUAGAGCCUCUUUGAGGUAAUCCCCUAA